AUGAGCCUCAUGAAGAUGCAGAAGCAACAAGUUUUCGCCUUCCUUUUCUUCACAUCUCUCACAUUGUCCUCUCUUAUCCACUGUUUGAGGGCAAAGUGUGCAACUAAUGCUCCAAGUGUCCAACAGACUCAGGUGGGAAAUGGUAACACUCCAAAAUUUAUGGUUGAAGUGCACAACAAUUGUCCUAUGUGUCCAGUUAUCGACAUCCACUUGAAAUGUGGAAACUUUUCUCAAGCUCUCGUCAAUCCUAGGCUGCUCAAAGUGCUAGCCCCUGAUGACUGCGUGGUUAAUGAAGGAUUGCCACUCUCACCACUGCAAAAAAUUUCCUUCAAUUACUCUCAUCAGAAGUAUCUCAUGCAGCCAUCUUCUUGGUACUUCCAGUGCGAGUAA